CAUUCUUUCACCACUUUUUCAAUAUUUCCAUAAAUAUAGUACCUCGUCAUGGAAGGAAUGAAUAAAGGUGCACUCCAUCCGGAGGCCAAGAAAUGGAAAGCUCCAAAAGGUCCAAAGCCCGUGCAUCACAAGAACAAAAAUGUCAUAGGAUUAGGCAGAACCAUUGCCAACCAGAGAAGAAUGGAAAACCAGAUUGAAGUGUUACCUGACGGAGAAAUGCGUUUUACAACUGACAAGAAGGAGGCUAAUUGGGUCAAGUUGAGAUCUGUCACACAGGAAAACUCUUUGGAUGAGUUUUUAAACACAGCACAGUUGGCUGAUACAGACUUCACUGCUGAGAAGCAGCAGCAAGUCAAGAUUAUCAAAGUGGGAAACACCUCAAUAGUAAACCAAAGUGGAUUAUUGACCCAAGAAGAGAUGAUCGAGAUGCGUAAGAAGCAUCAACUUUUCGAAAACAAGUUGACCAUCCCCAGAAGACCCAAAUGGAGCAAGGACCAGUCCAAGUUGCAGAUCGACAGACAGGAGAACUUGUCGUUUUUGAGCUGGAGAAGAGAUCUUGCCACCUUGACAGAGAAUAACGAGUUGUUGUUGACACCAUUUGAGAGAAAUAUUGAAGUGUGGAAGCAAUUGUGGAGAGUUGUUGAAAGAUGUGAUUUGGUAGUACAGAUUGUAGACGCCAGAAAUCCUCUUUUCUUCCGUUCCACUGACUUGGAAAAAUACGUACACAGCUUGAGUGAUCCCGAGACACAACAUACCAAGAAGAACUUGUUGUUGGUCAACAAGGCCGAUAUGUUAACCAGAGAUCAGAGAGUCGCAUGGGCAGAAUACUUCAGAGCAAGAUCCAUAAACUAUGUCUUUUUCUCAGCAGCCAAGGCUAACGAGUUGUUGGAAAAAGAAAAAGAAGAGUUGGAAAGAUUGAACAACAUGCACGAAGCUGAUAACGAGAAAGAAUUAGUAGAAGAUGAAGACGAGGAAGAAGCUAUAAGGAUUUUGAAGAUCGAAGAACUUGAGCAAUUAUUCUUGACAGAAGCUCCAGAAUUUGAUGACCCGGACUUCCCAGAUAGAAAGCUUCAGAUUGGAUUGGUGGGGUACCCCAAUGUCGGUAAAUCUUCUACCAUCAACGCUUUGGUAGGCUCCAAGAAAGUGUCAGUUUCUGCCACACCGGGUAAGACUAAGCAUUUUCAAACCAUCAACUUAUCUCCAGAAGUAGUUUUGUGCGAUUGUCCAGGUUUGGUUUUCCCUAACUUUGCAUACUCUAAUGGAGAAUUGGUGUGUAAUGGUGUUUUGCCCAUUGACCAGUUGAGAGAACACGUCCCUCCUGUUUCAUUGGUAACACAAAGAAUUCCCAAGUACUACCUUGAGGCGGUUUACGGUAUCCAUAUUCCCAUCCAAAAGAAGGAAGAUGGUGGUGAUGGGUAUCCUACUGCCCGUGAGUUAUUGAAUGCAUACGCCAGAGCCAGGGGGUAUAUGACUCAAGGGUUUGGGUCUGCUGAUGAACCUAGAGCUGCUAGAUACAUCUUGAAGGAUUACGUAAAUGGUAAGUUGUUGUAUGUAAACCCACCUCCCAGAAGAAUCUCAGAUUCCGAAUGGGACAUUCCUACAGUAGACGAAGGCAGAGACUUCAACAAGGGCAUCUAUACUUUGAGAAGUUUACCCGAAACCAGACAGCAACAGAUCAUUACAGCUAUGGCACAUAAGAAUAUUCCCGUUGAUGAGUUCAGCUUGGCCGAGGAUUUGUCAAAGUUGAAUUUUUCGAUGCAUAUUGGUGAAGAAAGGUCCAAAGAAGGUGAAGCUGGUGCAAAAACGUUAUUCUAUGGUGGAAAGCAGGCUGCUCUUGAGAGCGCUGGUGAUGACUUGGAUAGAGAGUUUUUCAAGAUGAACAAUGUUGAAGGUAAAUUGAACACUCCCUUCCAUACUAAGGCUGUUGAGAAUAGUAAAGGAAGUGGUGGUAAGAAGCACAACAAGAAGAACAAAAAGCAGGACAAGAAGUUGAGAGUGGUUGGAUAUUAAUCCAUGUUAGCAUUUAAUAGCAUACGACAAAUAAAUGAUCUACAUUCAUAAAGUAUAUAUAAUCUGCAAGAGGCAUAAUCUUACGAAUAACAGAAAUCACAUUUCUU